CUUUGCUGCUAGUAUUUCCAGUAACACCAAGAUUUUCUGAUUCGAACUCGAAGCACACCGAACGACGGCACUCCAAAUUUCGGCGGCUUCACAGAUAUAAAUUCGCGUGUCGACAGUGGUGGCACCUUGCUGUAUAUGAACAUUACCGACUUAAAAUGGAUCAUGCUCGAACGACCUCGGGGAAUGCCGAGGAUAAUGUGGGGAUUCCAGAUGACUUGCGCUGCAAGAGGUCGGAUGGGAAACAAUGGAGAUGCACUGCCAUGUCCAUGCCAGAUAAAACCGUCUGUGAGAAGCACUACAUCCAAGCAAAGAAGAGGGCAGCUAAUUCUGCCAUGAGAGCGAGUCUGAAGAAGGCUAAGAGAAAGUCAUUAGGUGAGAGUGACAUUUAUCUUGAGAGCAAGAGUGAGGAUUUUGACAUUCCACUUGCUAGCAUGAAAAUUGAGCAGCAUUCGGCCUCUGGAAAGAACAAGGCAUCAAAAAAUCAGUUCCGUUAUACAGCAGAGGCACCGACCACAAGGACCACCUCUGCUCGUAAUGCUCUGAAGCCAAAUGACGAUUCACCAGAUGAGAUUCCCCAGUAUGAAGAAAAUUGGAUGCCUUAUGAGUCGCCACCUGCUUCUCGAAUGGACUUGCCCAGGAAAAGAUCUCAAACAAAUUUAGAUGUCAAUGCUGCAACAGAAUACUCGGAUGGAAGUACAGAUUCCUCUGGUGAAACUGGUGGGCAAACUUGCCAUCAAUGUCGAAGGAAUGACAGAGACAAAGUUAUUUGGUGUUCAAGAUGUGAUAGGAGAGGAUACUGUGAGCACUGUAUAUUAACAUGGUGGGCAUAUUAUACUGACAUGUCAUUCGACGAAAUUGAGAGGACCUGUCCUGCCUGCCGUGGCACCUGUAAUUGCAAAGUUUGCUUACGUGGUGAUAAUUCAAUAAAGGUUCGGAUUCGGGAAAUACCUGUUCUAGACAAGUUACAAUAUCUCCACGUGUUGCUGUCAUCAGUACUUCCUGUGGUAAAGCAGAUCCAUCAUGAGCAGUGUUAUGAAGUUGAACUCGAAAAGAAGUUGCGUGGGAUUGAAAUAGAUCUUCCCAGGACAAAGCUGAAUGCAGAUGAGCAAAUGUGCUGCAACUUCUGUCGGAUACCCAUUACUGAUUAUCACCGGCACUGCCCAAAUUGUACAUAUGAUUUAUGCCUUAAUUGCUGUCGAGAUCUUCGAGAAGCAAAUGUAAAUGCAGAAAAAGUAACCCCAACAGAUGAAGCAAAACUUUCAGAGCAGAAUUUGCUAUAUAAGUUACCUGAUUGGAGAUCCAACAGUGAUGGUAGUAUUCCAUGCCCCCCAAAGAAAUAUGGUGGCUGUGGUUAUUCACCAUUGGCUUUAAGCCGCAUCUUCAAAAUGAAUUGGGUUGCGAAAUUGGUAAAAAAUGUGGAGGAGAUGGUUGGUGGCUGCCAGAUUAAUGAAGUUGGAGGAUCAGAAACCAAGUUGAAUGAUCUCAAACUUUGCCAAUAUUCCCACAGGGAGGCCAGUGAUGAUAAUUAUUUGUAUUGUCCGGCAUCUGAAGAUCUCAAAACUGAUGGGAUAGGAAAUUUUAGGAAGCACUGGAAAAAUGGUGAACCCAUUAUUGUCAAGCAAGUAUUUGAUAGGUCAUCAAGCUGGGAUCCAAUGGCCAUAUGGAAAGGGGUUCGAGAGACAGCAGAUGAGAAAAUGAAAGAAGUUGAGAACCGAGUGGUUAAGGCCGUGGAUUGUUUAACCUGGUCAGAGAUAGAUAUUGAACUUAACGAAUUCAUGAAAGGAUACUUUGAGGGGCAUGCCCAUGAAAAUGGUUGGCCACGGUUAUUGAAGUUGAAGGAUUGGCCUUCGCCUAGUGCAUCUGAAGAAUUUUUAUUGCAUCAAAGACCGGAAUUUAUCAGCAAACUGCCUUUACUUGAAUAUAUUCACUCGAAAUGGGGCCUUCUUAAUGUUGCAGCUAAAUUGCCUCAUUACUCCUUGCAGAAUGAUGUAGGACCCAAGAUUUAUAUAUCAUAUGGGGUCAAUGAGGAACUUGGUAGUGGUGACUCAGUGACCAAUCUCCACUUCAAUAUGCGUGACAUGGUCUAUCUUUUGGUCCAUACAAGUGAAGUGAAGCUGAAGAAGUCGCAGGGAACAAAAUGUGAAAAGAUGCAGAAGUCAUCUGAUGCAAAUGAGUUGCCUGUGGAUCCGCAAACAUGUUCAGUGGGAAGUCCAGCUGAUUCAUCACUUGGCACAGAAAGAAACGAACUGGAUUUGGAUUCAAAUGAGAAGACGUCAAUUGUCAAUAAAGAAUUGGAAAAUUAUUCUAGUGCUGAAGGGGAUAUGAUCAAUUCUGAACUUCCAGGCUGGGAUGGAGAUGUUGCGGAGAAAACAGAUCCUGGAGUUCUUUGGGAUGUCUUUCGUCGGCAGGAUGUUCCAAAGCUGACUGAAUUUCUAAAAACUCGUUGGAAAGAAUUUGCGCAGCCAGAUGAUACAGUAAAUAAAUUUUUUACAAGGCCUCUUUAUGAUGGAGUUAUUUUUCUCAACGGACACCAUAAAAGGGAGUUGAAGGAAGAAUUUGGAGUGGAACCAUGGUCGUUUGAACAGUGUGUGGGGGAAGCUGUAUUUGUUCCUGCUGGGUGCCCUUUCCAAGCAAGGAAUGUUCAGUCCACUGUUCAGCUGGGCCUUGAUUUCUUAUCGCCAGAAAGCCUCGGGGAGGCUGUGAGAUUGGCUGAGGAUGUCCGCUGUCUGCCAAAUGAACAUGAAGCCAAGCAUCAAGUAUUGGAGGUUGGGAAGAUAUCUCUUUAUGCAGCUAGUUCAGCCAUCAAAGAAGUUCAGAAACUUGUUCUUGACCCAAAACUUGGUGCAGAUAUUGGAUUUGGGGAUCCCAAUCUGACUGCAAUGGUUGCUGAGAACUACGACAAGAUGGUUAAGCGGAGACAAAUUUCUUGUGCUUGAGUAACGCGGUGUGGCAAAUGAACUGGUGAAGGGCUCUGUAUUAUGAAUAGUUAUGUGUAAGCUAUAUUACUGAGCAUCAUGAUAUUUUUGCGUGUAUUUUAAUAUGUAUCCAGUCAUCUAAUUUCAGGCAAAAAAAUCAUCUCAUUUGCAUAAUGGUCGCAUGCUACCGACUAUUGAAUCGUGUAUAUGACCGAUCACAAACUGUAAUAGAAAAGAAAAAGAAUCAUGCA